AGCCCAUACCGAGCACGUGAUUUCACUGAAGUCAUGGUCAUCCAGCGAAUUUGUAAGUGACGGCCAGCUUGAUUCGCAGUUAGUGACGGGUGAGUAUUCUUAGUGAAGGAUGAGAAAGUGACGGCUGAUUUGAUCUCGGCAAGACGAUGGCCGUUGUUGAAAAGAUCCAAGGAAAGUUAACCGAAGGACUUGUUUUGGCUCGAACUCGAGCGCAAGAUCUUGAAAGUGUCAGGAAACUGAAUUGCUGGGCCUCAGAUAUAACUGAUAUAAGUAUUAUCAGAAAAAUGCCUGAUUUAGAAGUUUGCAGCUUAAGUGGCAACAAAAUAAGCACUUUAGAAGAUUUUUCCCAUUGUCCGAAUCUGCAAGAACUCUACAUCCGGAAAAAUAAUCUGAAUGAAUUAACUGAUAUACACUGGUUAAAGAAGUUAACAAAAUUACGAGUGUUAUGGUUGUCAGAUAAUCCUUGUUCAACUGGUGAUAACUACAGAUUAAGUGUGUUAAAAACAUUACCAAAUAUACAGAAAUUAGAUAAUAUAGUCGUUACAGAAGAUGAAAUUAAUCGUGCUUUAGAAGAGGGCAAUGAUGUGCCUUUACCCGCCAAAUAUCCAACUGAUUCUCCAGUCAUCGAACCUGAAUCUGAACAAAUGGAGGAAACGCCAGUUAUUACAGAAAAUCUUCAAAACCAUAAAAUAUCAGACCCAGUUGCUUUAAGUUGGGAAGAAACAAAUAAAAUAAGGCAGGAACUAGGCUUGAAACCUCUUCCAUACGAAAAAGUUUCUACAACUAAAUCUGUUACAACUGGUAUAACAAAAGCAAGGCAUGCCAACAUUUUACAAGCAACACUACAUCUUAUAAAGGAACUGGAUAAAGAUAGUUUAGAAAUUGUAGAAAAUGCUGUGAAAACUAGACUUGAAUCAUUAUGAUGGAGUAGAUGGACAAUAUAUAAAAGCCAAAGAAUUUCAUACAUAACUUGUUUUCUCAAAGGCAGAAAGGCUUCAUCUGAUUAGCUGUAUUGCUUGAAUAUGUCUCGCCAAGUGAUGUGAGACAUGGAAGUCUGUGUGAAAUUAUAUACACCUCCCUCUUACAAUUUGCUGUGAUAAUGUUUGUUUAGCCUAUUACUUCUCUUUCAAAGAGAUCUUACUUCAUGAAUUAUUACUAAAUUAUAUCAUUCCACUGCAUCUCAUCAUCAUUGAAAUGUGGUUGUAUAUUGUCGCCCCCCCCCCCCCAUCUGUCGGUCAGGCAUCCACAAUUGCUUGAGGAUGCUCUAGAGGCUAAAGUUAAUAUCCGAUUGACUUUAAACUUAUACACAGAUAAUUACUGCCAGCCUUAUGGCCCUUGAUCACUUUCAGAAAUCUUGUGGAUGCUCUAGAGACCAAAGUUAUCAUACGAUUGACUUUAGAUUGAUACACAGAGUUCAAGGCCUUGAUAUGAACAAGUAUAUAGAUUUUCAAUGAAUUUUGAUAACUUGAACAGCUAAAUCCAUGAUAUUAAAUGUUUCGUAUACUAAACAUUAGCAUGGGGCAAAACUAAAAGCCAAACAAAUUCUAAUGAUUUUCUGAUAAUUAUUUAAUGAGUUGUUAUUUCUAAAACAGAUUUUAGUCUGUUAUAAAUGUUUCAUUACCGACAAUAGAAAAAAUGUGCAACAACUCUUGUUGACUGCUGGGAUGACUUAGCUGCUGUGGGCGUAUGUUUCGUUGCCUGGCAACCCAUCUUUUAUUUGAAAAUGUGAUUUUCUUAUACAUAGAAGAAAUGUUAUUAUAUACUGAAGGUUCCUUAUGAAGUUGACAGGAAUUUAACAAGAGCAUCACAUCAACCAUUAGAUUUGAUAAGUAUUUGUGAACAUGCUUUAUAGUUAGAAGCUCAAAGAUCACAGCUAGUAAUAAGCAGAGUUAUGUCUGUGUAAUUGCUGGUCAGUUAAACAUUGAGAAUGAUGGGUCACUUUCUAAUUUCUGAGGUUUAACAUGUAUUUAAGCCAAAAAUAUAGAUUUACUGGUCAUUUGUGUGAGAGUGUGUGUAUUUGUAUAUUUAUACCUUGUCAUUCAGUACACCUUUACUGAUACAUGUACAUACUUUAGUUAGUUGAAUACUCUAUUGAUAAACAGAUACAGGCAUUUUUAUUGUACUUGACUAAGGUGAGCAUAAGUAGGUCGUCUGUUCGAUAAUCUAAACUAUUUAUAUAUACAAAAGAUAUUUGUAUUGAUCAAGAAAAAAAAAUUGUAAAUUAAGCAAGUUAAUUGGAUAUAUUUUUUAAUAAUUGUUAUGUAGUUAGGUUAGCACUUGCCAAGGAAAUAUAUCUUUAAGACUUUAAAUGGAAAUGUAAUAACAUUUUGUUUAAAAAAUAUUCAUUUCACCUUGGUAAAAAACAACGCUUGUAUUUCAAUUCAAGAGUUUGUAAAAAAACAAACCUGUUUAAAGAAUACUAUGAAUGAGACAUAAAACUGUUAUAGCACAUAAACCAUAAUGUUAUCAGACAUUUUGUAGCGCUAUGAGCAUAUACUUAGUGUAUGGAGUUUAGUGCGUUAAAAGUGCACUAUUAUUAUUAUGAAUCUAGAAACCAACACAACCUAUGCUAAUUUAAAAUUUUAGUUAAUGUUUGAUUUUAAAACUAGGCCACUGGUUCGGGUCUCAUUGUAGUUCUCACUACAGGGAAAAUAAUAUUUCUUGCUACAGAAUUACCAUGUUAUCAAACACAAUCUGGAGCACAAUUAUUAUUUUAAUUAAAGUGUUGUUUCAUUGAGGGUUCUCUCAACAUUAUCAAGCAAAAUUAAAAUAGUAAUUGUGUUCCAUGCUGGUCAAAGAAGAUAUAUAGAAUCUCGUACGAGUCUUUGACAAAUCAAAAAAUAUCAACAAGUCAAUAAAAAAACAAAAUGAAGCUGUGCUGAGGUUUUUUUUGUACUUUUUCGACGAGUGUUGAUAUUUUUUUAUAUCAAAAAAGACGAGGAGAUUUUUAUUUAUCACCCAACCCCCUCUUUCGCGCACAAAUAAAUAUAAUUCUUUGGUAUAGAUUUAAUUUUACUGAACCUGAUUACAUUACGGGGCAGUGAUAUAUAAUUUUUUGACAGAAAGUCACCUGUUGCAAAGUCCUUUUAACCCAGUGUUUUAUUAAGGUUAUAGGGAGUAUUGUAAUUGUUUACGGUAAUUGAGAACUUUUCUCCAACAAUAUUACUGGAUCCAAAAAGUAGUUCCUUUUUAAUAAAAAAAGUAGUUCCUUUUUAAUUAACCAAUCAACUUCAUGUAAAGCGAUAUCUCUAUCACACAAGCGAUAUCUACUGUAGAAUGUGUUAUUGGGUGAUAAACCUUGUUAUUUAUUAAAAAAAAAAACCCAGUACAUACCGUACAUAUACAGUAUUUAAUAUCACAUUAGAAAUAGUGAUUUUUAUAAUCACUCACUGGCGUAAUUGUUAAGUUUAUUAAUAUCAAUAUAAUAUGUUUAAUGUGAACAUAAGCAAAAAAAUUCUUAGAAAACAUUAAACUAAGGUUCAAACAAUAAAUAAUUAUGUAUGGUAGUUGUAUUAUGUUCUUUUAUUAAAUGUGAACUUUUAAGAUUACCAACUACAUGGUUUAAAUUAUCCUACUAGAAACAUCAAUGCUGAUUAGUUAAUCAAAUCAAAUGAAAUGUCGUUUUAUGGUACGUCGGCUCCAACCGGGCUAUAUUGCGGCAAACAUAGUUAAUCAAAUGUCUAAUGUCAUAGGGUCAAAACAUUCUGAACAUCUGAGACACGCUACCUGCGGAGAAGUAUCUCAGACACAGUCAAUAGCCAUGAUAUCCAUAUCACGUGAUCUACACAUCACAGGUCAUGAGGUCAACAACACGUUAAAUUGUUUAUCUUCAGCAGUGUGUCCUUUGCACCCAUAAAGACUAUAUAAUUCGUACAGUCCCAACAGUUCUCUCUUCUUCCAAUGAUUUUUCACAAAAAUAACAUCUACAACUCAUAGAAUUUACAACUCAUUGUCUUCAAUGACAGCGUCUGCGAAUGGUUGCCACUAUUUUGUGCGUCGGUCGUGUCUAUUUCAGAUAUACACAAUCAAUUUUGUUGAUGUUUUUUGCGUAGGGAUUGACUAAUAGUUAAUUUAUUUCAGUUCUAAAACAAAUAUUUUAAACUUUAACGCAAAUUUAGAAAAAAGACAAAUUCUGGCUGGGAUUACUGAGCAAAAUGGCCAUUCACUGUAUACGUGCGAAAAAAAAGCUUGCCACCAAUUAAUUUUCGUAGGUUAGUUACGUACGAGGGUCAAAAGCCACUCGUAUGACCCCUGUCACGACCUCCCACAACAGGUCAGAUUUGUAUGUAGUGUAGAGUCUUUUGAAAGGCUUGGAUUAUCCAGACAUUUGAUUAGCUGUCUAGUCCUGUUAAAGGUACUAUUAUAUAUAUAUAUAUAUGCUGUUGUCAAAAGUCCCAGAAUGCACUUUUAUUAUACAUAUCUUUAGAGUGAACAACCAAUUAAAGAUGCAAUAUGUAAAUGCUUAAUCUGCGUAUUGCAGGGCUCUUUGGUUCAAAUGUUAUAUAAAUUAUUAUUUAGACAUUUAAUCUCAUGACAAGGCCAUAAUCAACUCUCUAGUUCAUCAGAUGGCUCAGAUAUUGAAUGAAUUAGACCAUCCGUGUCAUAUAAUCAUCAGAUAAGGAUAAAAUCAAGACUUCAUUUAUUAUCAUGGUAAUGGUACUUGACAAUUGGCUAUUCCUUGUCAAAACUUCAAACACUCAUAACUUUGCUCAGAAUAUAGGAGAAUGAAAAUAGCAAGAACGACCAGCUCUUUACAAUAUAUCUUUAACUGGGAUGAAAAUGACAUCUAGUUUUAAUAAGAUUGUGUAUUAGUGGGAGUGAAAAGAACAUAAAAUCAAAAUUCCAUUCCUUAUUUAUGGCAUGUGAUUUAUUUAUAUAUAAAUUAUUAUUUGUAACAUAAAAAUAAAUUGUAUAUAAUUUGUAUAUAAAUAUGUUAAAUCUACAAA